AUGAACAAAGAAAAUCAACUUAGAGAUGUUACAAAUACCCCGGAAUCAAUUCAAAAGUCACAUUUCAACCACGGAGCACUAAACUUGGACAAACAUUUUGACUUGAUUCACGAAACUCAUAAUGAUUUACAACAACAAUUACAUCGAAUAGAAACAUCAACUAAUCAAACUUAUGUUGAUUUGGAACAGCUCUACUCACGACUGAAAAGCAAUAAUGACAAUUUGAACAAAUUGUUGAAAAAUGUAGUGGAGUAUUCGAAUGAGGUGAUCACAGAAGGCAAUGCAACGAAAGCUGAUAUGGGUCUGAUUUUGAAGGCUUUGGAAGAAUUGAAAUUAAAAGAAGUUUCCUUGCGGGAUGACGAUAUGGCCAAAAUAAAGGGUGCCAUAAGGCUGGUUUACUUAGAAAGGGAGGGAGAGGAAGGGGACUUGAAACAGUCUCAUGAAACACUUGCCACAUUUUUGAAAGAUGACAGAAUAAGCAAGCAAAUUCUUCAAGAGCAAUUCGAACAACUAUCAAAAUCAAUUAAUGCCGUGGACAAUUCUGCAACUUUGAGUAGAAUUGAGGGGCUAUUGGGGAAUCAACAGUGGAAAAACGAUUUCAGAAAAGAGUUGAAAACGCAUAAAGAGCAUAUGGAAUCGAUCAGUGAUCAACUACUAGCUAAAUUGUCAACCAUUGACCAAAACUUACAAAAAAGUGGCAAUAAUGAACUCACGACACAACUGAUUGCAUCUAAAGAAGCAAAAGUCAGUGAAUUGGAAAUGAAGAUUAAGAUGCUUGAAGAUAAGUAUAAUCUUCUUUCAUCACAAUAUAGUGCAAAAUAUGAUCAGUAUAAAAUCCUUCUGCAACAAUUUCAAGAGCUAUCAGGAAAAAUGCAUGACGACAAUACCUCAAGCCUGUCCUCGUCGAGUAUUCACAACUUGAAGAGGUUUUACCAGACCAGUUUGCAGAUGAUUGAAGAACAUAACCUUGUUCAGACUGACAAGCGAAUUGUUAGUAUGCCAGCGGGGUUUUCCAAUAAUUCAGACGAUGAUUAA